AUGGGCCCGAGACUCUCCAAGGCGGAAGCGCCAUCGGGCCCCAUCAGCAUUCGCCCAGCUGAUAAGAAGGAUCUGGACAACAUCACCGACAUCGUCAAGGCCGGCUUCCCAGACGAUCCUGGCUGUGACUACAAGUAUCCGUUUCGCGAUAAAUACCCAGACGACUUCUGGAAGUGGACAAGGCGGGACCACGAGGCAUACAUUGAUCAGCCUGAGAAGUUUGUCGUGCUGGUCGCGACACAGCCUGUGGCUGGUGAUGAGCGUGGCCAGGACCAGACAAUCGUAGACAGACCAAUUGCGUAUGCCGUCUGGGACACUGCAGUGAACACAAAGGCGAGAAGCCGAGAUCAUGGCAUCAAUGAGCGGCGCGAUGCUAACCCAGAGCAUAUGAAGGAAUACGCCCAGACGAUGUCUAUGGCGUUUCCCAAAUACUUCGGCAGAUAUGGGGGCGAGCAGCUAAGCCUACAGUGGCUCAUCACCCAUCCUAACUUCCGCCGCCGCGGGGCCGGCACCAUGCUAUGCGGGUGGGGCGAGCAGGAAGCCAUCAAGAGGGGCGGCGGCUGGAGCCUGACCGUGAUGGCCAGCCCCAUGGGCAGGCUGCUUUACGAGCACCUUGGCUAUCGCCUUCUUGGAGCAGUAACGGCUCAAGUGGAUGGCGAGGAGGAGCGGGUCGAUAUUUACAUUUUGGCGAAGGAGGGCCUUGGUGCAACCAUGGUCUGA